UCCUCUCCUGCUGACCGGCGGAGACGCAGCCUGGCUCUAAGGGGCGCCCUGCAGGGAAAGGAAAGCAAGGGAAGGGAAGGGAAGCCCAGCAGGAGGAGGAGGAGAGCGAAGAGGCGGCUUCGGUGGCGGCCAUGGCAGGGGCCGGGGGUUAGCGGCGCCUCCGUCCGCCCUCCCUCUCUCUCUCCGAAGGGAAGAAGCAGCAUCAGCGCCCGGAGCGCAGGAUGAGCUCCCCCGCGGCGGCGCCUCCGCCUGCUCCUCCUCCUCCUCCGGGGCCCGGCUCCGGCUCGGCCUCUUGCCGCUUCGCCCACUACUUCGUCCUCUGCGGGAUCGACGCCGACAGCGGGCUGGAGCCGGACGAGUUGGCCGUCUUAUACCAGUGGUUAGAAGCUGAUCGCCUUGGCAAGAGCUCAGAUACUGCAAACAGAACAACAGGAGAAAACUUUGACCAGAGCCCCUUAAGAAGAACUUUCAAGUCAAAAGUCUUGGCCCAUUAUCCCCAGAACAUUGAAUGGAAUCCCUUUGAUCAAGAUGCAGUCAAUAUGCUGUGUAUGCCCAAAGGGCUUUCCUUCAGGACUCAGACUGAUAAUAGAGACCCCCAGUUCCACUCAUUCAUUAUUACCCGGGAAGAUGGCUCCCGCACGUACGGGUUUGUGCUCACCUUUUUCGAGGAGGUCACAAGCAAGCAAAUUUGCACAGCCAUGCAGACUCUGUAUCAAAUGCACAAUGCUGAGCAAUGCAACAGUGUCUGCGCCUCGUCUUCGUGUAGCAUGGACUCCCUGGCCAGCAGUCUGGACGAAGGGGAUGCCACGUCGCUGGCCAAGAUGCAACGCUACAACUCCUAUGACAUCAACAGGGAUACGCUCUAUGUCUCCAAAUGUGUUUGCCUCAUUACUCCCUUGCCUUUCAUGCAAGCCUGCAAGAAAUUCCUCAUCCAGCUUUAUAAGGCCGUCACAUGUCAGCAACCCCCGCCUUUACCCCUGGAGAGCUACAUCCACAACAUCCUCUACGAAGUGCCCCUUCCGCCCCCAGGAAGGUCGCUGAAAUUCUACGGGGUGUACGAGCCCAUCAUUUGCCAGAGGCCUGGGCCCAAUGAGCUCCCACUCUUUGACUACGCUCUCCGGGAGACCUUCGAACUGCUGGGCUUGGAGAACCUCAUCCAGGUGUUUACAUGUGUCCUCCUAGAAAUGCAGAUCCUUCUUUAUUCUCAAGACUACCAGCGCCUGAUGACGGUCGCAGAGGGGAUCACCACGCUGCUCUUCCCAUUUCAGUGGCAACACGUAUAUGUCCCUAUCCUCCCCGCCUCUCUCCUGCAUUUCCUUGAUGCUCCUGUACCUUACUUGAUGGGCCUGCAGUCCAAGGAAGGAACAGACCGUUCCAAACUGGAACUUCCCCAAGAGGCCAACCUCUGUUUUGUGGAUAUCGAUAACCACUUUAUCGAGUUGCCAGAGGAACUUCCUCAGUUUCCUAACAAGUUGAAUUUCAUCCAAGAAAUCUCGGAGGUUCUCCUUCAGUAUGAAAUUCCCCUCGAGGGCAACUUCCCUUGUAGCGAGAGUGCUACCAAGUUGAAGAACCUCGUUCUGAACGACUUGGCCAAUGACAAAAAGAACGGAAACAUCCCCAGCAACACCAUCAACAUGUACGAGCUCCUGAAAGGCAACGAAACCAUUGCCCGCCUCCAGGCGCUGGCCAAAAGGACAGGGGUUGCAAUGGAUAAGAUGAGCAUUACCGCUCCUCUGGUAGAAAAAGAGAGAGACGUUAAGCUCCAGUGUGAAGAUGGGGAGCUGAGGGACUACAAACUGAACGUGCAGCUUCGGGAGGUCUUUGCCAACCGCUUCACACAGAUGUUUGCCGAUUAUGAAGCUUUCGUCAUUCAAGCUGCACAGGAUAGAGAAUCAUGGCUGACAAAUAGGGAACAGAUGCAAAAUUUUGACAAGGCUUCAUUUCUGUCUGAUCAGCCUGAACCUUACCUUCCAUUCCUCUCACAUUUCAUUGAAACCCAAAUGUUUGCAACAUUCAUCGACAAUAAAAUUAUGUCCCAGUGGGAAGAAAAAGAUCCUUUUCUCAGAGUGUUUGACUCAAGGAUAGAGAAGAUCAGAAUGUAUAAUGUCAGGGCGCCUGCAUUAAGAACAUCGACAUAUCAGAAGUGCAGCACCUUGAAAGAAGCAGCUCAAGCUAUUGAACACCGUCUGUCAAAGAUAGAUCACACUGCAAUUCAUCCGCACCUGCUUGAUAUGAAGAUAGGUCAAGGCAAAUAUGAGCAAGGUUUCUUCCCCAAGCUUCAAUCAGAUGUGUUGGCAGCUGGACCUACCAAUAACAAUCGGUGGGUGAGUCGCAGCGCUACAGCACAGCGCCGGAAAGAUCGCAUCCGACAACAUUCAGAGCACAUUGGUUUGGACAACGAUUUAAGAGAGCCAUCGGAGGAGUUCUUGAUUCGUCAGAACUCAAUGGCUUUCUGGGAGUGGGACCAGGGCCCGCCCCCUCCUGCACGGCCACCUAAAAAAUCAUUCUCUGAAUGUUGCCUGAAGUACAUGCAAGAAGCAAGGACUUUGGGGAAAAAUCUGAGGCAGCCCAAACUCUCUGAUCUUUCUCCCGCUGUAAUUGCUCAGACAAACUGGAAAUUUGUGGAGGGUUUACUCAAAGAAUGUCGAAUGAAGACGAAACGUAUGCUGGUAGAGAAGAUGGGCCAUGAAGCAGUGGAACUGGGACAUGGUGAAGCCAAUAUAACAGGACUGGAAGAAAAUACACUCAUUGCUAGCCUUUGUGACCUGCUGGAAAGAAUUUGGAGCCAUGGCCUACAAGUCAAACAGGGAAAAUCUGCACUGUGGUCCCAUUUAAUUCAGUACCAGGAAAGAGAAGAGAAACAAGAGCAACUGGCAGAAUCCCCAGUUGCUUCUGGACCAGAAAGAAGGAAGUCUGACACUGGGCUGAUGUUACCUAUUCUGAGAGUCUCAGUCAUCAGCGAUAUGAGGCACAUCCAGAACAUGAGUGAGAUAAAGACUGAUGUGGGUCGGGCUCGAGCCUGGAUAAGGCUAUCCCUUGAAAAGAAACUACUGUCCCAACAUCUCAAGCAGCUUCUUUCCAAUCAAGCCUUGGCAAAGAAACUGUACAAACGUUAUGCCUUCCUGCGGUGUGAGGAAGAGCGGGAGCAGUUCCUCUAUCACCUGCUCUCCCUCAAUGCUGUGAAUUACUUCUGCUUCACAAGUGUCUUCACCACCAUCAUGAUUCCAUAUAGGACAGUGAUCAUCCCCAUCAAAAAGCUCAGCAAUGCAAUCACCACAUCAAAUCCAUGGAUUUGUGUUUCGGGAGAACUGGGAGAUACUGGAAUAAUGCAGAUUCCAAAAAACCUUCUAGAAAUGACAUUUGAGUGUCAGAACUUGGGAAAGCUGACCACUGUUCAGCUAGGUCAUGACAACUCUGGACUGUUAGCCAAAUGGCUGGUGGAUUGCGUCAUGGUCAGGAACGAAAUCACAGGCCACACCUAUAAGUUUCCAUGUGGAAGGUGGCUGGGGAAAGGUGUUGAUGAUGGAAGCCUGGAGAGGAUUCUUAUUGGAGAGCUGAUUGCAACAUCAUCAGAUGAUGACCUUGGGAAGCAGUGCCGAACCCCUCCGCAGCAAAAAUCCCCAACCUCAGUUCGGAGACUGAGCAUCACUUCCCUCACCGGGAAAAACACAAAACCCAACGCUGGACAGAUCCAAGAAGGAAUUGGGGAAGCCGUGAACAAUAUAGUGAAGCAUUUCCAUAAACCUGAGAAAGAGAGAGGAAGCUUCACCGUUCUCUUGUGUGGAGAAAAUGGCUUGGUUGUAGCACUGGAGCAGGUCUUCCACCAUGGUUUCAAGUCGGCUCGCAUUUUCCAUAAGAACGUUUUCAUCUGGGACUUCAUAGAAAAGGCUGUUGCAUAUUUUGAGACUACUGAUCAGAUUGGGGACAGCGAAGAAGACGUACUCCUCCAAAAGUCCUCCUGCAAAACAUUCUGCCAUUACGUAAAUGCCAUCAAUACUGCUCCAAGGAACAUAGGAAAAGAUGGCAAAUUUCAAAUUCUAGUUUGCCUUGGAACCCGAGAUCACUUGCUCCCGCAGUGGAUUCCUUUGUUGGCAGAAUGUCCAGCCAUCACCCGUAUGUAUGAAGAAAAUGCUCUGCUGCGCGACCGCAUGGCGGUGAACUCCCUCAUCCGAGUCCUGCAGACUCUGCAGGAUUUCAACGUUAUCCUGGAAGGAUCGCUCAUAAAAGGAGUGGAUGUGUAGCAGAUCGCCCUUCAGCUCCCUGUUUCUCCUCCCAAGCAACUGACAUGUGAUCCAAUUUGGGAGAGGACAGAUUUCUUGAAACGCAGAUGCUGCUGGUAGUGCUCCACUGUUAUGUUUAAAAUCAGCUUGUUGAUAGGUGUGGGGCCACCCACGCUCAUGUAGUCUCCUCACUGUUCUGCCCUGAAGCUGCAAACAAGCUAAGCUGCAGUAUUGUAGUUUUCAACUCAGAAAUGUAGUAUAAAAAUAGAGUAUUUUCAUGUGUUCAAUGUGUGUAAAUAGAAGCUCUCUUCCUUCAAAAAAAUAUUACCAACAAGAAACUUUUCUUAGAAUCAGUGUUCUCGGGUUCAGGGGGAAAUAGCUUGAAAUAACUUUAUAGGUUUGGGGAGGGGAAGGGAUCAUUUCUUGCGCAUACCAUGGGGAAAAGCCACUUUUGUGUGUAAAUAUACUGUACAAAGGUUAGCAGAGGGGCUUUUUCAUGUUUUGCAAAGGAACACAUGAAGACUCUCUGGGUAGCUGUGCUCUUCUUGUGGAAUGUAUACCGUUUGCUCUGUGCCCUAUCCAUGUUGGUCUCUUGUUAUAUCCUUUAGGUCUGAACCCUUUCUUUGUUUCUGGUGUGCAUCAAAUAAGCUGUGAGUGAUAGGUUUCUGAAUCCUCUCUUUGACUUUGUUGGUCAGUACAAAUGGUGCAAAGAAAUGAUUUCACACUGAAAUUGCAAAACCCU